AUGGCUGACUUCUUCGCGCCCGAUGUUUUCCAAGCCGUCCUGAGUGAUCCCGCCACUGCCAUCCGGCUCAAAUCUUUCUGCGAAUCCACCGCUUGUGACGAAAACAUUGUCUUCUUAGAGAAGAUCGAGCAGUACAGCCGGCUUCUGACCAAAGCACGAGAGCUGUUGCUUGACAUUCAUGCCACCUACACUUCUCCCAAUGCAACCGAACCAGUCAACAUCUCGGAGACCAUCUCAAAGGACUUGAAUUCCGCCGUCAAUUCUGCCACUAGCGUCACAUUCUGUGCGAUGCAGGAUAUAUUUACCCCUGCCCGGAAAGAUGUAGAGGGUUUGAUUCGCGAUGAUAUCUAUCCUCGAUUCGUGACACACCAAUUGACGGCAAGCGCGGCGAUGGCGUUAGCUCAUGACCGCAAGACUUAUCAAGGACUUGGUGACUGCUUCUGUCUUACAGAUCCUAAAGUUGCAGAUAACGCAAUAUUGUACGCUUCUGAUGGCUUCCUUGAUGUUACAGGCUACAGUCGCCGUGAAAUCAUCCCACGUAAUUGUCGCUUUCUGCAGGGCGCAAGGACCGAGCGUUCGUCAGUGACUCGUCUGAAGUCUGCCAUCGACAAUGGUCAAGAGAAUGUUCAACUUCUCCUCAACUACCGCAAGGACGGCACUCCGUUUUGGAACUUACUAUACGUCGCUCCGCUUCGCGAUGAAGCCGGAAACAUAGCUUUCUUCCUCGGUGGCCAAAUCGACUGUUCGACAACUGUUCAUGGCAAACCCGACGUGAUGAGGAUCUUGAAGCUAGAUGGCAGGAGAUCCUUCGAGUCAACCCGCGGCAAUUUGGCAGUGGAAGACACGUCAAACUUGACCGCCACAUCACCAAGAGAGCAUAUGAAACGGCAUCGUUCUAUGUUUAAGUCAACAUCAAGCGUGACCACACAAGUUAGACAAGGACCGGGCAUGGAAAAUGAUCUGAUUGGACGGCUUGGGAACAUGAAACUCGAGACGCAGAUGCAGAUGUUUCAGACGGCAUACUCCAAGUACGUUGUGCUCAAGAUGAAAGAUCGUACAGGUCUCAGCAUUGCGCACUAUUCGAGUUCCGCGGGCGACUUGCUACGCUCAAGUCGAACGCAUGGCACAUCUGAACGGAUCGUGAACGAAGACAUCUUCAAACUUCUGGCCGAACGCUCACCCUCAUCCUCGUCUGUCAUGAAAUCAUACAAGAAAACAGUGACAGAUCUCUUGGCUGAGGGAAAAGCAGUAAGCGUGGACAUUGAGCUGGUAGUCGAGGAAAAAGCUCGGAAUCUGAUGCCGACAGGGCCUGGAGGCAAGACAGAAGAACGGUUGAUUAGUCACUGGACACCUUGUAAGGACGAAGAAGGCCGGACAAAAUAUGUCGUGCUUGUCCUCGCGGAGCGAAGAGAUUUGUAGAUAUACCCAGCAUACGAACAUGAUACACCUUCUGCAGACAUUGUGAU